UCCAAUUCCCCUAUAAAAACCCAACUCCAUAAUUUCUUCCAACCAAGCCCACAACAUCAGACUGAGGCAUUAUUUUUCCAUCUACAAACCCAUUUGCAGUGCAAACUUUUCGAAAAUGGGUUCAUAAAUUGGGGGCUCAAAUUUAUUGUUUCAAGGCUUUGGGAGGGAUAAAUUCUCUGAAAAUGGAGAUUCAAAGAAAUAAGGAUGUAAAAAUUCCUGUUGGGUUUAGAUUCUAUCCCACAGAUGAAGAAUUGAUCAUUCACUACUUGAAGAGAAAGGUCUAUUCUCUGCAAUUGCCUGCCACUGUCAUUCCUGAAUUGGAUGUUUUCCAAACUAAUCCCAGUGACUUGCCAGGUGACUCGUCCGAGAAGAGAUAUUUCUUCAGCAAAAGAACUAUGAAUUUGAACAAGUGUAGUAGUGGCUACUGGAAAUCCAUUGGGAAAUAUAAGAAAAUAGUAGCUCCUGGAAAUAACCAAACAAUUGGGGUGAAGAAAUCCCUCAUAUUCUAUAAAGGGAACUGCACAAAAACUAGUUGGGUUAUGCACCAAUACUCUCUAGUAACUUCAUUCUCAACUCAGAAAAUCACGAUGCCCGAGGGAGAGUGGGUUGUUUGCUGCGUAUUUCGGAAGAAAGUGAAGAGACCAGCUAUGACUUUGGCAAAAAAUAUUUCCAAAAUUGCUUCUCCGUCUUGUUCAAGCGGGAUCACUGAGAUUUCUUAACAGUAAUUUUGUUAGUUUUCAAUCUUUCACUUGAAUUCAGCAGAAAUAAUAAUCUCUGUAAUGAAUACUGUUGUAAUGAAUCGGGUUAUUAGAAUUUACGAAGAUAGAUAACAAUAUUUGCAUGGAAA